AGACGAUCCGUAAAGGAGAUGAAGGCAUCCUGAAGGAUAACUCUGAGCGCACCACAUGGCAGGUGACAGGUCCCGGUGGGAUGGACAUGCAGGUGCCGUCAGUCUGCCUGCUCGUCCCGCCGCCAAAUCCACUCGCCAUCAGCCUUGCCAGCAAGAAUUCGCAGUAUUAUGAGGCUAUUCUCUCUGUGUGGAAUCAGCUGUACAUCAAUGUUAAGAGCAUGAUCUCGUGGCAGUACUGUUUACUGGACAUCGGCCGCAUCAACUCACUCACCAUGAGCAUGCUUUCCAAAAUGGGCCCGGAUGAGUCGAACAACAUCCUCCGCAGUCUGGAGAUGCACUUCCAGGAGUUCAAGAGGCACAGUCAGGGCUCAGAGCUGUUCGGAGCCGAAGACCAGAAGCUGAUUGAGAACCAGUUUGCAGGAGCACAGCAGCACUUCGACAAGCUGGUGGUGGAUCUGCCCACAUAUGCCGCUCGAGGAGAAGGAUCUGAAUAUUCAGCGGCGGUGAGCGUUAAAAUGCUGAACGAACUCAACGCUCUGAGACUGAAGCUGGACGGAGCCGAAUCCUCCCUCAUCUCUUUCCUCUACAUCGCUUUAGGAGACGACGGCCUGGAGGAGUGCGGACAGCACAUCAGCAGCACACAGGCCUUUCAGAAGAACAUCCAGGGUCUUCGAGGAGAGUUUGUGAGUCUUCGAGACGGCAUUCAGGCUGAACUGAAAGAUGCCGGCAACAGCGAUAAAGGCAGAUAUCUGAGCGGUCAGCUGGACAUCAUGAACCAGAGACUCCUGAACCUGGACAAUUACUUCACCACACAUCUGCAGAGGCUAGACUCAGUGAAGUCUCUGCUGAAGGAUAUGAUGAAAGCUGAAGACGUGGUGAAGGUUUAUGAAGCUCGACUGACGGAGAAAGAAACCGCGUCUUCAGACCCGGAGGAAGUGCAGAGAUACCAGAAAGUGCUGCUGAGCAUGCGCAGUGAUCUGGAGCAGAAGCAGGAUCUGCUGAAUUCUCUGGUGGUGGAUCUGAAUCAGAUGCAGAAGGUUAAUGAUCAGAGGGAUCAGGGCCGCUACCAGUGCAUCAUCAACCUGACGCAGUACGCAGAUCAUGUCCAUCAGCUGUCCGACCGCUGGAAACGCAUCCACGUUCAGAUCAACAACAGGCUGGUUGAUCUGGACUCUUACCUGCCGCAGCUGAAGCGAUACAUGCAGUCCAGUUCUCAGCUGAGCGGCUGGAUUGAUGAAACCCAGAAACAGAUUGAUUCACAACACUCCGUCAAGAUGGAGGACAGCGCAGCUUACACUCAACUACUGAACCAGCAGAAGGCAUUAAACUCUGAUAUAAAGGCGAAGAGAGAGCUGAUGGAGACGGUGCACAAAGACGGAGAAACCUGCAUCAGUGCCAUCAAGAAUUACGAGCUUGAGUUGGCCACUUACAGCGCUGGACUGGAGACUCUGCUCAACAUCCCGAUCAAGAGGACCGUUCUGCAGUCUCCAUCAUCCUCCAUCGCUGAAGAGGUGUCUUCUUUAAAUGCGCACUACUUGGAACUGCUCACCCGCUCAAGCGAUUACUACAAACUUCUUUUGGCAUCCCAGAAAAACAUGGAGGAGCUGAAGAUACGAAAUACCAGAAUUGAGCUGCUGGAGGAGGAGCUUGAGCAACUGAGGGAUGCCAUCAAAGACCAAACUGCCAACAAUGCAUCUUUACAGGAUGCUCUUCUGCAAUACCAGCAAGAGCUGAACAAUUCCCAAAGCCACCUACUCUCUCUGGAAGAGGUGAAAAGGACUGAAACCAUGAAGUGCAUGGCCACUCAGGAGAGCCUGGACUCCUCUAAAGACCGCCUCGAGGAGCUUACAGAGGAAGUACGUCGCCUGAAACUCCAACUGGAGGACAUGGAGAGAAAAAAGAAAAUCGUGGAAGAGCGCUACACAUUUCUGCAAGAAGAACAUGAUGAAACUAUGCGCAAGAAACUCAAGGAACUGGAACAAGCUAGCUGGGCUAAAAUGGAGCUGGAGAAAACCGUAUCCGAACGGAACCGAGAGUUGGAGCGUCUGCGCAAGGAGUUGGAAGACGAGGCUCGGCGCAUAAAGGAGGCGCAAACAGAGCUAGCUAAGGUAAGACAGGAGCACAGCACAGAGAUUCGAGAGGUAAAACAAACCUACGAGUCUCAAAUCCUCGUAGCGCAAUCCAGCAUGCAGAAGCUUUCGCAGGAAAAAGAAAGUGAUUCGGCUGCCAUGAGUCUGGAGUUUGAAAGAUUAGAGGGAGAAUCUAGUGAAUUAAAGGAGCAGCUGAAGAGGCUUCGUAUUUCUCUCAGCCAGGAGGAGGCGCAGAGGAGAAUUCUGGAAGAGGAGGUAAAGAGACUCACUGCUUUAAAUACUGAGGAAUCCAGAAAGAGGCACGAGCUUGAGUCCCAAAUUCAGGUGAUGAUGAGCCAGAAACGUGAAGGAGACAACAAAAUGAGGGAGGUGCAGGAAAGCUCAAGUCGGACACUUCAGGAUAAAAUUAAUGAGAUCAAUCGUCUCACUCGUAACUUUGAAGAAGAGCGACGUCUGAAAAGAUCUUUAGAGACCGAUAAGCGAAGACUGGAAGGGGAUUUGGCUGUUCUGAAAUCUAAGAAUGAAACCACUAAUGAGGAGCUAGUGCAACUUCGCUCCUCCCACCGGGAGUUGAGCCUCAUUCGGGUGGAGCUGGAGGCACAUGCACUUGAGAAGGGAAGGUCUGAGCAGACUAUUGCACGCCUACAGGCUCGCAUUCAAGAGCUCCAGGAGGAGCUGAAGAGGCUGGAAGGUGAAUUAGAGAAGCAGAGACAAGUAGCAGAAGAGGAGGCCGGCAAGCGCAGGAGAACUGAGUCGCAGCUUGAAAAAAGUAGCCAAGCUAUGCGAGAGUACACUACUACGAUCACCACACUACGCACCAGCCAAGAAGAGACGAAUAUCGGAGCUAAACAUGCGGAUGAAAAAUGCAAGCAACUGCAGGAAGCUCUUGACCGUGCCUCGAAGGAGAAUAAAGUGACUUCUCAGAACCUUGCUGCUUUGAAAGCUGAGAUAAAUACGCUGAAACUACAGCUGACGCAGGAGCAGGGGCGUGUUCAAGACUCCAAUCAGCGUUACGAGGCUCUUCAUCGUAGUAUGGAAGAGAAGAGUUGUGCGUUGAACGUAAGCUCUGGUGAAACUGAACGUCUGCAGAGGCUCACGGAAACUCUUACCAAGGAUCGCCAGCGGGUAGAGGAGGAGUUGCGCGCUGUGCGUCUUGAACACGAGGAGUUGCUGAAAAACAAAAAGCGUGGAGAUCGAGAAAUGACCGAGCAAAUUACAGCUUUGCAGAAACAGCUUGAUUCCAGCCAGCGUGCCGGUGCAGAGCAUGACAGGCUUAUGCGGCAGCUCUCACGAGAGAGAGAAAAACUGCAAGUGGAGAUAGAAAAUGUACAAAAACAAGCCAGAGAGACUUCCUCUGUAAUCCAGACGUCCCAGUCUCAGUGCAGCAGCCUGAGUCAAGAAAGGGAUGACCUCCUCAAGAAGAUUACAACCAUGGAACAGGAAAUUGUGCGCUUGAAAAGGCUUGAAGAUGAGCUAGCCCGUAUAAAACUCUCACUGGAGUCAGAACUGCGAUUUAAAUCACAGCUGCAGGAGGAGAACAACAAGAUCAAGAAGGAUUUUACGCAGUGGAAGACCAAGUGUGCAUCUCAUGAGGAGCAACUUCGACAGCACGCCUCAGAACGCUCCGGCCUGGAGAGUCAGUUUAGCUCUGUCCGGACUGAGUUGGAGAGGCUGAGGACUCAACUCAGAGAAGCUGAAGAACGUUACAGGUUGCUCUUGCAGAACUUUGAACAAGAGAGAACAGAGAUGCAGGCACUUCGAGACUCGAAGCAGGAGUUGCUGAGACUGCAGCAGAAACCAGAUGGUGCUACCAAAUAUACUCAAACAGACCAAACUGAUCCCUCCUCUUUGGUCUUCGAAGGUGUCCGCAAGAACAUCACGGCACAACAGCUGCAAGACUGUGGUGUGAUUGACAAGGUGAUAUUUGAGCAAUUGAUGACUGGCAAGAGGACUGUCCAGGAUGUGUCUGUUGACAUCAGGCUGAAUCUGAAAGGGACAGGAGCUAUUGCAGGGCUGGCAGCAGGACCUAAAGGCAAGAUGACCUUCACCGAGGCUAAGAAACAAAACUUGAUUUCAGACAAGAGUGGAAACAUGUUGUUGGAGGCUCAAGCUGCCACAGGGUACAUCAUAGAUCCCCAGGCUAAUACAAAGAUGACUGUUGAGGAGGCUUGCUUGAAUGGAGUUGUGGAUGAAGCUGACAAGAAACAACUGUUGAUUGCAGAGGCCGCAUGUGUUGGGUUUAGGGAUCCCAAAACUGCAAAGCUCUUGCCAGUUAGCCAAGCCAUGAAAAAGGGAAUAAUUGACCGGGAAACAACUCUGCGUCUCUUGCAAGCUCAGGAGGCAGCCGGAGGCAUCCUUGAUCCCAUUCUUAGUGUCUAUCUUCCCAAAGAUACUGCCAUGGACCGUGACCUUGUUGAUGAGGAUCUCUAUCAAGCUCUAAAUGCCAAGCCAGACUGUUAUAUUGAUCCAGACACUGAUCUACGUGCCAGCUAUGUUACCCUCAAGAAGCAAUGCAAGGCUGAUCUUAACACUGGCUUGCUUCUGCUUCCAGCUCCUGAGAAACCAAUUACUGUACAAGGACUACGUUCUGAAGUUAACGUAUCAGAUCUGGUGGAUGCAAAAUUGCUGGAACCUUCAGACAUGAAUCAUCUGAGGGAGGGCAAGAUUACCAGCCAAGAGAUUGAGCACAGGUUGCGGGCGUAUCUUCGAGGGUCAACCUGCAUUGCUGGAAUUUACGAUGAGGCUGGUGAAUGCACCUUGCCUAUCUACCAAGCCAUGAAGAAUGGGCUUUUGCGACCAGGCACUACCCUGGAGCUUCUUGAGGCCCAGGCCGCCUCUGGUUUUGUGAUCGAUCCCAUUAAUAAUGAGUACUACACAGUUGAGGAGGCCUGUCAGAAAGGACUUGUAGGUGUGGAGUUCAAAGACAAGCUCCUGUCUGCAGAGAAAGCAGUAACCGGAUAUAAAGAACCUGGAACCAACAAGUUGAUCUCUCUUUUUGAAGCCAUCGAGCGUGGUUUAAUAGAGAAAGGUCAUGGUAUUCGCCUGCUGGAGGCUCAAAUUGCUAGUGGUGGCAUCAUUGACCCUAAACACAGCCACCGAAUUGAUGUUGAUGUGGCGUACCAAAGGGGUUACUUUGAUCAAGGAAUGAACCAGAUUUUGAAAGAUGAAGGAGAUGACACAAAGGGAUUCUUCGACCCAAACACUGAAGACAAUUUGACUUACUUGGAACUAAAGAGCCGCUGCACCAUUGAUAAAAAGACAGGAUUGGUGCUCCUGCCUAUUCAUGACAAGAAAAAAGCACAGCAGAAGAACUCGACAAGGAAGAGACGUGUACUUAUCGUUGAUCCUGACAGUAAUAAAGAGAUGACAGUGCGUGAAGCUUAUGAGAAGAAACUCAUAGACUACGAGACCUUUCUGGAAUUAUCUCAGCAAGAGUGUGAGUGGGAAGAAACGACCAUCACUGCCCCGGAUGGCUCAACCAGUACUGCUAUAAUGGACAUGCAAACCGGCAUUCAGUACAACCUGAAAGAAUUGCUCGCUCAAGGAGUGAUUGACCAAGAUGUAUUCAAUAAAUAUCGUUCCGGAGGUAUAUCUGUUACAGAGUUGGCUGGUAUGAUCACCAAGAAGACAAAGAUGCUAACUAAUCCUGUUAGCUCCUCCUCCUCUUCAUCAUUAUCAUCAUCAUCAUCAUCAUUUACAUCCCAGACAACAACGAAAAGCCAAAUAGUCAAAACUGAAACCAUAAAAAGCAUUGAGAGCACCUCAGAGUACCUUCAGCAAGAUCAAUCCUCAGCAAACUCCUCCAAGCACAUUUCCAGCAUGUCAGUCAAACUAUCCCCAUUAGUAGAAUCGAUUGAAGAACAGAAUCCAGUUGGAGCGAUCUUUGACACUGAAAAGCUGGAGAAAAUCACUGUUUGUGACGCCCUUAAGCGAGGAAUGAUUGAUUCCAUCACUGCACAACGACUUUUAGAGGCACAAGCUUGUACCGGUGGGAUUGUAAGCCCUGAUAAUGGUCGUCGUAUGUCUAUUCAGGAGGCGACCAGAGUCGGUGUUCUGGAUGACGAAAUGGCUAACCGAAUAAAACCUGCACAGAAGGCGUAUAUUGGAUUUGAAGAUGUGAAAACCAAACGUAAGAUGUCUGCUGCAGAGGCUGUCAAAGAGAAGUGGCUGCCGUAUGAAGCUGGCCAACGCUUUCUUGAAUUUCAAUACUUAACCGGAGGUCUCUUCGACCCUGAGCUUGGGUGCAGACGCUCACUUGAGGAGGCCUUGCAGAUGGGUUGGCUGGAUAUGAGAGCGGCUCAGAGGCUCCAGGAUACUCGCCACCACCCGAAGACCCUGACCUGCCCUAAAACCAAGCUGAGGAUAUCCUACAAGGAGGCUAUGGAAGCUUGCAUGAAUGAGGAAAACACUGGUGUCCGGAUGCUUCCGGCCGCUACAGUUUCAUCCCGUGGAAUCAGCAGCCCCUACAAUCUCUCCAAUCCAGGAUCAGCCUCGGGAUCUCGGAGCGGAUCCCGCAGAGGCAGCGUAGAUUACAGUUUAUCCCCAUCUUCAUCUUCCAGAUACAGCAGCUUCAGCUACAGCAGAACGUCUUUCAGCAGCAGAUCACUCUCCUAAACUAUGCAGCAAUUACAGUGGGGGAAAUAAGUAUUGAAAACAUUACCAUUUUUCUAAAAAAAUAUAUUUCUAAAGAUGUUGGCAACAGCCAAAGAAAUAUACAUGCAUAUAUGCAUGUAACGUUUUUAGGCUGCCAUCACCAAAAGAGCCCUCAAAUGCCUUAUUUCCACUGAUUGGUACAGUACGUUAUGGUUCGGUACAGGUCACCUUCAUCAGGCUUGUGUCUCCACUGCUAAAGGGUACUAAUGGUACCCUUUUAGUAGGCGUGGUGUAAGACAGAAAGUUGCAAUCGGUGUCAUUCUCACUCGAAGGCCUACUGCAGGGGUCCCCAAUCUUGUUCCUGGAGGUCCAGUGCCCUGCAGGGUUUAGCUCCAACUUGCCUCAACACACCUUCGGGUGUUUCAAGUAGACCAAGUAAGACCAUGAUUAGCUUGUUCGGGUGUAUUUGAUUAGGGUUGGAGCUAAAAUGUGCAGGACACCGGACCUCCUGGAACAAGUUUGGUGAUCCCUGGCCGACUGUAACGUCUGCAAUUAUAUUAAAUAAAUAAAUAAAAUAUUUAUGAACGCAUACAAAGACUUGCAGUCUCUAAAAUCUAAAGUGUUACCAAUUACAACAAAGAAAAUAGCCAAAACAUGCAUUUAGGCCUUAUUUCGGUUUAUAAACGAUACGACACAUAUACAGUCCGUACAAACCUCUCGACUUUAUUCUUCACCAGCACAUGUAACGUUAACAUCUUGUUAAAAAGUAACUCCGUCAUUCUGACGUCAUAUGAUGAUAUUAGUUAAACAUGGCAGUUUGUUUAUCUUUUAGGUCGCUGAAAGAAACAUUUGCUAUUUUGUUUUUCAUGCUUCACUGUGGCGUUUGUCCGUUUCUGAAAGGAUGUGAGAAUCAUCGCGUCCACUUUAUUAUCAUGAGCUCAAGUUUGUUCAUUCAAAAUAGAUGUGCAGCAAGCUCUCUAGAGAAAAGGCAACCACUCACACUAACAGGGCCUCGUAAAGAACAACAGGACAAACUUCUGCUCUUCUUCUUGGCUUUGUGGCUGUUCAUCAAGACGAUUAUAAGCUUGGGUCGACCAUGACUCGUUUGUUUAUCAAGUUCGUUAAUUCAAAUGUAGACAUGCGGCAAGCUCUCUAGAGAAACCACUCGCGCUUAGAGGGCUUCGUAAACAAUAACAGGACACAUGGCAGAUUCUGCUCUUCUUCUUGGCUUUUUGGCUGUUCAUCAAGUCGAUGACAAGGUUUGUUUGAGCUUGGGUCGACCAUGGCUCGUUAUUAUAUGUGAAUAUUAUUAAGGUGUAAUGUCUCGGCUGUGUAUUUAAAAAUGGUGCUUCCUUUGUUUUCAUUCUCCUGGCUUGUGCAUGCUCUAGUGAUGUUUUUUCGUAAACCAAUAGCGUUCAGCUGUGUGUCUGGCUCAGCCUUUUGGUACCCUUUUGUUGUGCUAGGCAACCUUUGGAAAGUGGUACGGUUCACUUUUUAGUACCUUUUGACUGUGGAAAUGGGCAUAAAAGUGUAUUGACCCAUACUGCCCUGUACCACUCAGUGGGAAUAGGCCAUUAUAUAAAGUAUUAAAUGCAUUUCUGUAGUUCAGUACUUCUUUAUAUAUGUUUUGUUUGGGAUUUUACCAAAAUCCUGUUCAGUGCCGUGUCGACAGCAACUUAAAAAACACUAUUCCCAGGAAAAAACAUGACAUGUUCAACACUUAUUUCCCCCACUGCAUUUAUCAUUAUAGUAUUUGAUAGAAAUCGAUAACGUUACUGAAAAUAUCAAUGGGUUUCUAAAGAAAUACACUUGUUUUUAUUCUAGCAUCUGCAAAAAUAGUUGUUUUUCCUAAAUUAUGUUGAAUGUAUUGAUCCAGAAAUAUGUUUUUAAUUCGGCCUGUUUAGUCAUUCUGGGGCUUAAUCUGUUUCUCAAUUUUAUUCAAUAAAUAGAUGUAAGUUGUUUGUAAGAUUAGAUGGGUAAAUCUAUAUCACUUGCCUCUUUUUACACUAAUUUUGAUGAUUAUUUUUCCUGAAAUUCUCAAGUGCCUUUAACUCUGUAUUAACCUGUGUGCAGUUAAUAUCUAACAGUCUGACUUUGUUUCUUACAGUUUUACUGCUUGAAUAAAGACAUUUAUGACUCAGUUGAGGGAUUAUUA